AUGGUUCACACCAUUGCAGCUUGUGUCUCGGUGGACGUUGCAGAAAUUGAGUGCCGGCAUGCGCAAGUGCGAAAGCUGUUGACAGCCAAAAGCACAACCUGGGACUCCCUUUUCGAGACCCUGAGCGCAGACUUCUUGGUGCGACAGGUUGCUAAAGCACAGUCUGAGGAUGCGGAGGUGUUGGAUAGGUUGGCCUUCUAUAAGGAUCAUCCUGCGCCGGAUGAAGGUGCUUUCUGCGAGUUCAAGCAACAGCGCGAGAUGAGAAAGCAAGCCGCGAAGAAGCUUGCCCGGGCUGCCAAGGCCAAGCGUCGCGCAAUGGCUUCGAAGAAAAAGAAGGGCAAGAGCAUCAUCAAACAUCCCAGGGGUGGAGCUCAGCGAGCUUACCUGCACCAGGAGCUGCCGAAGGCUUCUCCACAAGACUGGAAGAACAGACGAGCACUUUUCCGCCGUGUCAACGCAGCCUUCAAGCGCUUGACAUCUGCCGAGAAGCAGGUGUAUGCGGAACUUGGUCAAGCAGCGUCCGACAGCGCCAGGGCCGGGUCAAAAGCUUUUGUGAGUGCAGCAGAACCAAAGCCUGCAAAGCGUCGGAGAAAGCAAAUCCAGGACAGCAGCAGUGUUGCUGUGGAAGGCCCUGAACUCGCUGUGCAACUUGUGCAGCCUGAAGAUACCGACUGGGGUAAAAUCUGCACAAAAGCUUCGGACAUGCGCAAACAUGCAGCAGAGGAUGCUGCAGGCAUAGCCCGGCAGCACGACGACAAAGAAGCUUUGCAACAGGGCCAUGUGGCAGCAUUCGUGGCUCAGGAUCUGGAGGCAGACGACAAAACGGCUUUGAUUGCAGACCUCUUUGGCACGGGUGUUCCUUUUGCAUCCUGCCGGUAUAUUCCUGAAGCGGACAGCUUCCCGACUGGUCGCUGGUUGAAUCCUGCGGCCGAGCUAGCAAGGGCCAGCCUCAUCAGGAAUGCCGAUCUUCGUGGUCGGUCGCACAAGGCGAUGCAUCGCUUGGCAAAGGACUGGUCGUGCUGCCAUAAACUGGUACCGAGCCAGAAGGGUUCCCGCAUGCUUGCGACUCCAUUCAACCGCAGUCCAUGCCUGCAGCAUGGCAUGUGCAUCUGCUCCGGCGUUGGCCAACUGGCGCAUAUGUGUCAUUCGAAUCUGGUCGAUGCUGUCCGACCUUUCGUUCGUUUGAUUCGCGACAAAGCUGAUAGGACCGCUCCUGCGUCUGCUGAGGCACCUGCUCGCCCACCCAAGGGCAAGAAAAGCAAGGCACGGUUGAUGAUGGAGCAGUCCGAGCUGAUCUUGGAACUGCGGCCCAAGCGCCAGGCCCGCCAGGCACCGAGUUCUGGAGAAGCCUUGACUGGAUGGGCGUCGUUGGACGCACAGUUUGAUACGAUGGCAGCUGCUUCCAGCGCCGAAUGGGAGUCUACUUCUGAGUCCCUUUGGUUCUUCGUCGGCUAUGCCAACUUCAAAGUGUAUGACUUCACUUUCCUGGUUUUGGAAUUCUUGGAUGUCGAAUGCGACAGCGACGGUGUCCUGCAGAAGGCUUUCUUGCAUGUUCCUGAUGAGAGCUUGCAUGUCAGUCGGUCGCGCAUGGCUUUGGCUGACCUUGUGGAUUUCCAGAGACAGUGGAAAGCGGGCUGGUGGCAGCUGGACAACAGACAGAAGAUGCUUGACAAGGAUGAUUUCGUGCCUGAUAUUUUGGAGGUCAUGCCGCUCAAUCAAGAGUUGCUUCCGGUUUUUACAGUCUGGCAAGGCCAAGCAGAAGAAGAGCGAAGGAGGAAACGAGCUCCGAGGAGCGGCGGUGGAGGCGGGCACGGUCCUGGUGGCCCGCCGGGUGGAUCGGGCAAGCGUCAGGCACCUCAUCUUACCCAAGCGCCUGAAGCCUGA